ACUGUGUGCACUGACUGUUCGGAAGGUGAUAAAUAUUUGCCGGUUAGCAAUUGGCUAAUACGCGUAAAACAUGCUGACACCGGCACAAUUGCUGUUCUCUCCACAGCUGCGGAACCAGAGCGAAAGACUGCAAUACAGGUGAUAAAAAAAGAUAUUUCCGGCACAGCGCCAAGUACCUACCUCCAUGUUAUAUACGGCGCCGAUUUUAACGGGACAGAAUUUGAGACUGUGUAAACUAUUUAUCCUAGCGUCCAUUGUCAACACUCGGCAUUUUCUUCCGCUGCUUAUUAAUAUGCAGAAUCGUCUUUAUGCUGGGUGAUCGUCAAAACACUACGCGCGCCUGUGAGUGUGUGAGGUGGUCAGCUGAGUGCGUGUGAAGCGGUUUUCAUUUGAUGACCGAAUUGUAGCGGUGCGAUGUGAUUAUUGUGUAUAUGCGCGGGAUAUCCUUGUUUGUCCAGAUGUCCGUCACGGUCAUCUUGCUAUCUGCACCUGUAGUUUUACCACCCGGUUAGAUGGCCGAUUUUGGGGAUAUUCUUAAUAAAUUAAUUGCGAUUCUCCUAUCCAUUUUCCAGGCGCUCACUCCUAAUAUGAUAUUCACUGACAGCAAUGCUGUGGAUAAAAGUUUUGACCAAUGGGGUGAAGUCCAGACAACAACCACGUAUCCCUACGUUCAGGAAUACAUCAACACCACCGCAAAGGCCAACGCUACCGGAUUUGUCGUCACCACAAUUCCGGUUACCACCGCGGUUAUACCGGUAACCAGUUCCAGCUCACUUAAUAUCAGCCGUUUUCCGGCACCUACGUCAGCUGCCGGAAGGGAAGAAUGUCAGAGUAACAUCUGCCAGAAAUACGCUGAGCUGGCAGCGAACAGUCUCAAUAAAAGUGUCGAUCCAUGCGAUGAUUUCUAUCAGUUUGCCUGUGGAAGUUUCGUGCCGUCGGCCAUGGGGAUCGAUGCCGACGGGAGAAAUGUUCUCACCAUUAUUAAAAAUAAUCUCAGAGACAGAUUACGCGAUAUUCUGGAAGGCAGAGAGAGCACACAGUCCACGGCAAAAAUAAAAACCAGAAACGUCUACGAUGCCUGUGUAAAUUUAGACGAGACGUCCGCUGCUGCGGUCAACACAAUUCAAUCCCUUCUGACCAACAUCACGGGCGGUUGGCCACUGGUCACUCCCAACUGGAAUGCCUCGCAUUUUGAUCUCUACGGCGCCAUGAUCGCCGCUAAAACCUACGGUUACGACGUAUUAUUUCAGUGGAAUAUCAUCGAAAAUCCCUCCGACCCGGCAACCAAUAUCAUCAAUGUUGGACAGGCGGUACUGGGUCUAGAAUCCCCGGAUGCCUACAAUCUGGACGACACCGGCGUCAUACGCGCCGCAUACCGGGAAUUAAUAAGUGACAGCGCGAAAAUAUUGUCGGGGGAUGACUCCACGGAUCGUUCACUACAGAUUCGUGAUAUAAUAGAUUUUGAAAAACGCUUAGCCAAUGUGACCUUUACCGGAAAUAAUACUAAAGGAAUAGUCAUGUCGUUGGCUCGAUUAACCCAAAAUUAUAUCACCGCAUCGAAUUUAAAGCGAAAUUUAUUACGGAUUUUUCGGAGUGUUUUUUACGAGCUGAACGUAGAAAAUUCUAUCGGAACCGAUACACGCGUUAAUGUGGAGAAUCCGCAAUUUAUUCGCGGUUUGAGUAAUUUACUGGCUUCGGAGGAACGACUGGAAGAGGAUGGGAAACGAAUUCUGGCCAAUUAUAUUGGCUGGCUGAUUGUUUCCACACAGCUGCGGAAUUUGUCGCCGGAUUUUCGCGACAGUCUUCGCCGGUUUGCAGAUGCUACAAAGAUGAGCGCGGCCAGUCUGGAGAUUCCCCUGUGGCAGAAUUGCGUGGAUUAUGUCAACGUCGCGCUGCCGGAUGUGGUCACCGGGAUGUAUGCGAAAGCGUACUUGGAUUCGACUUACAAACCAAAGCUAGAAAACAUUUUCGAGACGAUCAACAAUAUUGCCAGCGUUUAUGUCAACGCCAGCACAUGGAUGGAUGUUCCGGCAAAAAUCAUGGCCAACACCAAGUUGAAUACUGUCAGACAGUACUUGGGAGUUUCGGAUUACAACCUCAACGAUACCGCACUGGACCACAGUCUGGAUGGCGUCAAUAUAACACAAGUGCAUUUCCAGAAUGUGCUUACUCUAUCACGUUUCGCCUUAAUUCAGCAGCUGCAGAAAUUAUCAGCAAACAACACGCCCGAUGAUAUUUCCGCUCCGGUUAGCGCCGACGUGCGCUAUUAUUUCACGAAAAAUAUUGUCGGAAUAUCCGCCGGUGUGCUACAGUUUCCCAUCUUCGCCGCCGAUGCAGCAGAUUUUUCAAAUUUCGCUGGCAUCGGUUUUCUGUACGGGCACAUUCUGACCGAAGUGUUUAAUGCGCACGGUUCCCGCUACAAUGCCACGGGACAGUUGGCCAGCUGGUGGUCGACAGAUGUGUACCACGCCUACCGCAAUCUGGCCAAUCAGCUGUGGACGCAGUACUGGUCACUGUCGCCGCCCGACCGACCACUGUCCGCUGUUGUCGAUCGGAAUGCGCUUUUUGCGGAUAAUGUCGGUUUCCAGUUGGCAUUAACUGCUUACAAAGAAUUUGGCGCGAAAGACGAGCAUUGGUUACCGUCACUGCAACAACUGACACCGGAAAUGCAGUUUAUUCUUUCAUUUGCGCAGAGUUUGUGCGAGUCGCCUGGCUCGUCCGCCGUGCGGACUGCCGAUACCUUCAUGGACCGGUCGUAUUCGAAUCGUCUCCGUGUCAACGUUCCCUUGAUGAAUUCUCCCGAAUUCAGCCGAGCCUUUUCCUGUCCCGAAGGUGCCAAAAUGAACCCAAGCAACAGGGUGUCAGUGAUGUGAUAUGGACAUAAUGGAGCUUUUUUGGCGGAUCAGUAUGCUUUCUUUCGACGACCAGGAUUGUGACCUUUUUUUUACAGUGCGGUGCAUUGUAGUAAUACAUAAUUGUACACUGUUCGAAUUUCUUGCUAAUUUGACUGUUGUUUUGCUGCUGUUUCCCCAAAUGCGAAUUUUCCCAACAAAUGCGGAAAAUGCAAGGUUGCAAUAACUUAGGUUUUUUAAUAAGUAGUAGACAGAUUGUAAUGUGAUCUUCAAUGGAUGCCUUGUGACCACACAUUUUGUGUAUACUGUCCUAGAUCUUCCUUCUAGUCGCACAGAUUUUCAUUUCAAAUUUCUCCACAGCGGCUUCCGUUUUCUAUGUUAAACCGUGGGUAUUUCUUGGCUGAUGUAUAGGAAAAUUAAAUUCUGAUUUUAUGCUUCCAGAACGGCAACAAAAAUGCGGAAUUA